UGUCGUAAACAAAAAGGUAAACGGUGAAGGUCAUUUAUGAAGGAUCCCAAUUUUGUGGAUGAACUGCAUUGACGGCGUUGGAAAUGGCUAAUAAUGAGGAAAGGACCCCAAAAGGGGUAGAAAAGGGACUUGUAGCAAUGUACAAAGUUCUUGAUGGCCCUACAUCUUGGGUUAAGGAAACAUUUGUACAGCCAUUCCAGAAAAAAUACCCAUACUAUCACAGAAGAUUUAACCGAGUACCAACAAUUGAUCAAUGUGAUGUAAAUGAAGCAGCAUGUAUAUAUGAAGCACAGGAACAGUGGAAAAGAGACAAAAUGGUGGACAGUAAAAUUGUAAGAAUAUUGAAAGAUCGGUAUAUAGAUUGUAAUUACUAUGAGGGAGAAGAUGCACCUGUAAAGUGUGCAUCCAUAGCAGCAGUGAGUGAAGAGGCAGCCACAAACUGGUUUAUAAAAUAUGGUGAUUUAGGAUAUAAUUCUACAGUUGUUGAAGCUUACAUGAAACAAAAGCAUAGAAUGAUCUGGGAACGACGAAAGUCAGCUGAAGCUGUGUAGAUUGCUCUGACAGUUUCAUAUGAAUCUUUAAUAAAACAUUAGUGAAAGAAUGAUAUUUGUUUGAAAUAGUGUAUUGUGAUGGCAAAUAAAUUUAUAUUUGUGGAAA